AUGCAAUGGGGCCGUGCAAAGGAAAGAGUGAUGUCAAGUCGUGAUAAUUGGCAGCGAUGUGGGGAUGAUUCAUAUGAUCUUCAUCAGAUUCAUGCCGCCUCUUCAUUUAGUUGUAAAUCUAAGACAAAGAAAGGCAAUACAGAGGAAGCAUUGUGGAAGAUGCUUUACAGAAAAAGCCAAAGGGAAGCUUAA